ACGAAUUUAAUGAUUUAUAAAGAAGCUAUGCUGCUACUUACUUGGGCAAUACUGGAUUUAAUUGUGUCUGACCAAAGUUCUUAGAGAAUAUAGAGUAAAUUUGAGCUUUCGUUUCCCAGCUAAUGACUGUAGUGUUAUCAUUUCUCCUACCAGCAAGCCAGGCAAAAAACGAUGGCUGACCCACAUUUGGAACUCCAUUUGAGGGGAAAGGUAACAGGAAGUUGUAAAAGAAAAAGAAGAAGAAAAGAAAAACAAAGGAAGUGCAUGGGGAAGUCGUCAGAGAAAAACAAAAGUCUUCUCGUUCUUGUUUUGCUGAUUGGUUGAAAUGUGUGUCACAGGUUAUUUUCCUUAACAGGUGUCUUUGAAACUUAAAAUACACUCUUACAGAAAAGAGGCAGCACUUAUGGGUUUUGUGCUUCUUUUAUUAUUUUGCGGAGGUGGCGGCUGACCGGUCCCUGCUAGAUUUUUCUAAAAGAGUGUUCCCAUGAGGCCGGCUCGGAUGGGACUUCCAAAACUUCAGAAAGGGCCUGGCUGGGAGAGGGAGUGAGUAUGGACAACCUUCCUGACUUCUGUGACCCCUGUCCGUCCAGCCGCCGGGAAUGGGAUACCAACAGCUGCGUGGACGAUUUAAUGGAUGAAGAUGAAAAAGACAGAGCAAAAAGGGCCUCCCGAAACAAAUCGGAAAAGAAAAGAAGAGACCAAUUCAAUGUUCUCAUCAAGGAGCUAUGCACCAUGCUACAGGGUCAGGGCCAUCCGCGCAAGAUGGAUAAGUCCACGAUACUGCAAAGAACUAUUGACUUCUUGCAAAAACAGAAAGACAUCACUGCACAGAAUGAAGUCAGCGAUGUGAGGCAGGACUGGAAACCCUCUUUCCUCAGUAAUGAGGAGUUUACUCAGCUCAUGCUGGAGGCCCUGGAUGGAUUCCUGGUUGCAUUAACCACAGAUGGCAACAUCAUAUAUGUAUCUGACAGCGUCUCUUCACUUAUUGGCCAUUUACCUUCAGAUAUGGUGGACCAAAGUAUCUUGAAUUUCCUCCCGGAGCGGGAACAUGGGGAGGUGUAUAAGCUGCUAUCAUCCCACAUGCUGAUGACUGACCCCGUUGCUGCUGACUUCCUUGACAGCGAGACGCAUAUUGAAUUUUGCUGUCAUCUAGCCAGAGGAAACUUGGACCCAAAGGAGCCGCCGGUGUAUGAGUAUGUCAAGUUUGUCGGAGAUUUCAAAUUUCACAACAAUGUGCCUACGUCUUCUUGUAACGGACAUGAAUUAACGUUACCCAGAAGUCUGCAGUCAUCUCUGGAGGAGCAGGUCUGCCUCAUUGCCACUGUACGAUUAGUCACUCCGCAGUUUCUGAAGGAUUUGUGUAAUGUGGAUGAUCCUUGUGAUGAAUUCACCUCCAGGCACAGCCUUGAAUGGAAGUUUCUGUUUUUGGAUCACAGAGCUCCACCCAUCAUAGGCUAUCUACCCUUUGAGGUGCUUGGAACGUCUGGUUAUGACUACUAUCAUGUGGAUGACUUGGAGCUCAUUGCACAAUGUCACAAACAAUUAUUGCAGUUUGGAAAGGGCAAGUCCUGCUACUAUCGCUUCCUGACCAAAGGACAGCAGUGGAUUUGGCUGCAGACUCACUACUACAUAACAUACCACCAAUGGACCUCCAAGCCUGAGUUCAUUGUGUGCACUCACACUGUCAUCAGCUACGCUGAGGUGAGAGCCGAGCGGAGAAGAGCUUUUGGACUCGAAGAGCUAUCACCACCUGAGAUAGCGCCCUCCUCAGUGAAGGCUCAGGAGCUGUACUUGGACAUCUGCUCGACUCUGGAUGCUUCGCGGGACAGAAACAGCGGUGCACGUUCAGUGUCCUCCCAGAGCUCCCGGAAGUCCUCCCACACAGCGCUGUCGGACUCCGCAUCAGCAAACUCCUACACAGAGGCCUGCACGCCGUCAUGGCAGUCCGCUUCCAUCGGGCAGGAUAAGACACCUGCCAGACUCCAAUCCAGCGGCUCGAAGAAUUUGGCCCAAAGACAAAAUUCCUUUGAUUUUGUUCCCCAAAUGAGCCUCCCCCUCUCUCCUACCUGCAGCCAGCACUCAGCAAUGCAGCAGCAGCCGCCGCCAUCGCAACAGUCCUCCAUGUAUCAGCUGCAGCAGCCUCAGCUGGGCGUGAUGAACCAGCUGAAAGAGCAGCUGGAGGAGCGGACGCGCAUUCUGCAGGCCGACAUCAAGACACAGCAACAAGAGCUGCACGACAUUAAGGAGAAGCUUCAGCUUGCUAACCUGCAGAUGUUGUUACAGCAGCCUGCCCACGACUUUGGUCAGGCGCAGCAGCCGCAGCAGCAGGGCCCAGGAAGGCCAGCUCAGCAGAGCCAGUCGGGGGUCAUCAGGCAGCUCCCCGGACACCCCAAACCAGGCGCCUGCGGGACUCACACUACAUCCCCUCACUCUGCUGUCAGUGACAACAAUUCACCUACGACACAGGGCCAGCAGAGGAACUCACACCAAUCACAUUCAGUAAGUUUGCCGGUACAGACCAACACGAGUCGGACGACGCCUUUCUACAGCAACCCUAUGAUGUUCUCUCAGCCCAACGCCCGGCCACAGCAGGAUGCAAACCAAAGACACACAGACAACCAGUUCAGCCAAGAGGGACAGCUAAGGAUGCUCCUCAAUCAGCCAAUGCAGACUCUGGUCCCUACAAGCAGUGUCACCUCACAGCCUUCCCAGUGCAACAUGGGUAUCUCCCAAACCCUAUACAACCUGGAACAGCCAAUCAUCGCCCCCUCCUUCUCCAUGCAGCAGGUCAACUGCAACGCCCUGCUUGUGCCCUCGCCAGUGUUCACGUCCCCCAUAAUGAUCCCACACAACACCUUCAUCACACAUCAGUCCCAGCCAGCCUACCACUCUCAGCCUCAGGCCUCACAGCAUUCCCUGCAGCUUCAGCAGCCACAGCAGUUCUUUCAGAUGACUCAAGGACUUGUUCACAGUGGAUCCACUCAAGCUUUCUUACAAACCACUAAUGUCUCACAGCAAAGCACCGUGGGAUACAUUCAGCAGCAGCCACAGUCACAGCAGCUGUCACUGACGCAACAGCAGCAACGGCAGUACCAACAUUCCCAAAACCAAACUGGCAACGUUUCAGAGUUCCGAAACAUGUUGACUCGGUAGCACCGCGGACUCAGUCCGAGCACUAAAAUCUGCCGCUGUGGCGCGGCUCUUCAGGCGCCGUUGUGAUCGGUCAAACUUUACUGGAAGACCCCCCUCCCCCCAGGACACGGGAGACCGUUCGCGGGGGAUCUGACCUUUGACGUAAAGCCGCCUGUUCUGAGGAAGCCGGCACACAAGGUGCCGCAGACUGCACUGACCCAACGUGGGCUGCAGGAUCUGAGCAGAGCCUGAGGUCGCCGGGCCUUCAUCAGAGUCAUCACAAGGCCACAUCGCACCAGGAGGAGGUUUAAGGCCCACAUGUGGAAGGUCCUCUUUUUCAGUGUCUGUUUGUAGCCUGAUACCCUACCCGAGAGUCAAAUAUUUAUUGUUGACCCAUAAAUUAAUGUUCGGCUUCACUUUGAGAUUAUCUAUUAAAUCUUAAGUCUGACACCCCAUCCCACAGUGACACAUCUUUAAAACGUCUUUAGUCAAAACAAAAAGUGUCACAGCUCUUUAACGGUACCCACCGUCUCUCAAACUGCACGCAGAGACAAGCUUUACAGUGCAAUACAACCUUAAGGCAACCGUCAUAUCAAAGCAUGUUAUUAGCAGAUCCGAUGGAUGUUACACGGAACUGCUGGAAGCCGGGAUCGUCUUCAACCGUAUGGAAGGUCGAUCUAGAUUUUUAAAGCCUCAAUCCGAACUGAAGAACGGGUGCUGUGAAAUUCCUAGAACUUCUUACACAAAGCUCUGAAAUUGUAGUUUUAGUUGCUUCUGAGAAGUUAUGCAGUCCUAAAAUAAAUAAAGAACAGCCACCAAAGGGGGGAAACUUGUGCCUUCAGCCAUACCUGUUGUGGUUUGAUAGUUUUGUCUGAUUACGGCUUUAAAAAUCCAGCUCAGGUCCAUUUGAGAAAUAAAAGGUUUAUUUUCAUAAGAGUAUAAUUCUAAUUUUCUGCAUCAGAUUGAAAAUAUAUUACGAAAAUAGAUUUGUAUUGGAUAUAUUACAUACAUAAAUACUGUGUAAUGGGUGACUUGAAACCUUUACAUGUUUGGCUAGUCUCCAAUUCCCUGAAAGUGUCUGUAGUGAUGAUAUCAGAUAUAAAUGGAAUUAUUAUUUUUAAAAAAAAGUAUAUGAUGAAAAAAAUCCAUUUUAUACACAAAAGUUUUAAUAGAUUUUUGUGUCAUUUUAGACAAUGAGAGGUCAAUCCUGCUCCCUGGUCCUUGUGUCUUGUCCCGUUCAUGGUUUAAUAAAACAUCUUUUCCAUGCACCACCACUGAUUGGCACGUGGUGUUUUCUUGAACGCAUUUGAUUGUAGUGCAACAACACACUGCUGCAGAUUUUAUUCAGGCCUGGUCAGUCUUUUAGUCGUUACCGGGAGAUUCUAUUAUUUUAUUAAAGAGUAAAUGUUUAGUCCAACUGAUUAGUAUUUUAUUCAAACAGAAAAAUUCGGAUGUGCCCUAUUCCUGAAAAAGAAAAUCAAAGCUGCAUUUCUCUUAAGGAUCAUUGUCACUGUGUGAAAAUGUUACAAUCUUUUUGUGUUGCAUCAUUUAAACUUUUCUAGCCACAUUGGGGAAUAAUCCGCACUUUUUCUUUGUGCUGGUUUAAUGAUAGAAUUGAUGAUGUGUAACGACUAAUCUGCUUUGCACUUUUGUCUUUGCCAGUUUGGGAUUUAAAGACGAACAAACGAAUUUAUAAGCCGGAGGAAUAAUGCAGCAUUGUGCGCUCUUUGCAGUUCCCAGAGCUCAAUAGCAAUGCAAUGACAGUUGCAACAAACAGUUAGGAUGAAUGGAGCAUGUUGUCGAAACUCGAUUCCAGAAGACAAAGAAAUGCUUUUAAGCAGGGAUGAAAUCUUGAUAAACCAGUUUGAAACAAAAAAAAACUUUUACACUGGCCCAGUUUUACAGGAAACCCACUUUUGUUGCCACACUUUAUAAAAGGCAGACUGCCACCACAGAUUAGAUGUGCAAGUCCCAUUAGAGAGUGGUGCUGCCCGUUUUUUGCACAAGUUGCACCACUCAGCAUGUGCGUUCAGUGCUGUUUUACACUUUUUAUUUUUUUAAAUGUGCAAUUCAAAAGAAGAAUGUUAAUUUAUACUGUUUGCAAUGUUUCAGAACAGAUGUAUAUUUAGAUGAGUUAUAUGCAGCUGUAAUUUAUAUGGAGAAAAUUUUAAUGGAAAUGUCCAAACAUUCCUGUAACCGCAUCUUUUUGUUUGGAUGUUAGUCCUCCGAAGAGCAGGAUCACACAGGGUCUUUUUUGUGUGUGCAUGUGUGUGCACAACUAGUUGCUUGCUAACCAAACACACAUUUCUAAAGUGGAGGUUCAUGCAUUCACCAUAGAAAAGGAGAUUACGGGGGGAAGAUUCAGUUUCUCCAUCUGUUGGACAGAUACUCAGCCAAAAUAAAAUAGUGACAAGAAAAAGUGCAAUUUGUCUACCAUCAUCCAGUCCUUUUAUUCAUGAUAUGAAAAGUCUAAAUUUGUGUCUUAGCCACUGGGUUGCUUCCAUUUCUCUUACCCAGUAAGGGGUUAUGAACUAAGGUCUGGCUAUACAAGAAACUCAACAGGUGCCAUUGUUAUGAAUCCACUGUUUUCUGCCUACAGUAGUCGAUAUUAAAAAAAAAAGACAAGAUAACUUGAUUUUAAAGUUAAAUAUACAGAGAUUUAUAGUACUGGAGAUAUUCUAAGAAUGCAAUUCCCUUUUUUAUUUUCUGUUUCAGAAGUAUUACUUUCAAUUGUUUGCCUUGUGGAAGUACCCAAGAAAAAAAAAAAACAA